AUGAACUCACUGGCACCAUAUUCAGUUGGGACUUGCCUCACCUCUUUGCAACCCCAAAAACGUAACCAUUCAAUUUCAGUAACAGUAACAUGUUCUAUCCAAGUCCCACAACCACCACCAGUUCUUAUACAAAAAGCGAAUCAAUUGAGCAGAAGAGACGCAAUAGGCUUCUCCUUGAGUUUUGGCCUUUUUCAUUCUCUAUUACAACCAAUAGUACCAACUGCAACAGCAGCUGCUGAAGUAGCUCCAUGUGAAUUAACAGUAGCUCCUUCAGGCCUUUCCUUUUGUGAUAAAGUUGUAGGCACUGGUCCUCAGGCUGUUAAGGGACAGCUUAUUAAGGCACAUUAUGUAGGGAGAUUGGAGAAUGGAAAAGUCUUCGACAGCAGUUACAAUCGCGGCAAGCCACUUACAUUUCGCAUUGGUGUUGGAGAGGUUAUCAAAGGAUGGGAUGUAGGCAUUUUAGGAGAUGAUGGAAUUCCUCCUAUGUUUGCAGGAGGUAAACGUACACUGAAACUUCCUCCAGAACUUGGAUAUGGUUCAAGGGGGGCUGGUUGUAAAGGAGGUUCAUGUGUCAUUCCUCCUGAUUCUGUACUCUUAUUUGAUGUGGAGUUUGUUAGCAAAGCAUGA